AUAUAAAGUAUAAACAAGAAACGAAUUAAAAAAAAAAAAGAGUUGGGUUUCACUUUCACAAAUCCUUAUUGAGUUCAGAUUUCAGAAUCCUUACUUGUUAAGGAAAGGGAUUUUCGCAAUUUUCCUCUCGUUUUUUCUUCGUAUGUAACACAUCCAUCAUCGUUGAUAUCACACCCAAUUCACCUUUCUCUUUCUCAUUCUAAAAAUCCAAAAUAAUCACCAAACUCUCUUUAAUAUCCUAAACUCACAGAAAUUCUCAAUUUUUGGUUUUGAGUUUUGAUCUCGCUCUGAUUUUAGGGAUCCAUUUCUGAUCGAAACAAAGACCCGCACCAUGUCGAUGCUCGAUUCGUUCUUCAAACAGGGUUUUAAAGCUGCUAAAUGUAAGACCCUGCUGAAGCUGACAAUUCCACGCAUAAAGCUUCUAAGGAACAGAAGAGAUAUCCAGUUAAAGAAUAUGCGGCGGGAGAUUGCCAAGCUACUUGAGACUGGUCAAGAAGCCACAGCUCGCAUCAGGGUGGAGCAUAUUAUCAGAGAGGAGAACAUGAUGGCUGCCCAGGAAAUCAUUGAACUGUUCUGUGAACUGAUUGCUGUGCGACUUCCAAUAAUCGAGGCACAAAGAAUAGGUUUUUGUGUAGCUUCUAUAUACCAUUUGACGCGUUAUUCAUUUGCUGCCAAAUAUGGGAAAGAAUUUUUAUCUUCUGCUACUGAGCUCAGGCCGGACUGUGGUGUUAAUCGCCAGUUAAUAGAGCUGCUGUCGGUUCGUGCUCCGUCACCUGAAAAGAAACUGAACCUUCUAAAAGAAAUUGCUGUUGAGCAUGAGAUAGAAUGGGAUCCGGCUGCUUCAGAAACCGAGUUCUUUAAGAAACACGAGGACUUGCUGAAUGGCCCCACACAAUUUGUUGGGUCAAACGUGCCACCACCUGAAGAAAAACAGGAUGAAGAGUCAGACACUGCUCGUGAUACAUUCAAUAAAGAACAACCUGAUUCUGAUUCCGAUUCGGACAUGUUAGACUUCCCUGAUGUGCCUAAGGUAUCGGUCCAGCCAAAUGCAAAUGUUGCCACAGCUCCAGGAGUUGUUCCACCUCCUGAAGUUGAUCUUCGUUCAUCUAGCUACUCUGGAGAUUUCCCAGAUACAAGGCAUGAGCAAGUUCAUGAGAUAUCAACUAUUCAGAGAGAUGAACCCCAGAAUACAUCUGGUAAAAUGGAAAGCAAGCAGUUUGUGCCAUUCAUCUCCCCUCCUUCACUACCGCCUGGAUCAUAUUCUACUAGACAUAGUGAUUCUCCUCCCCCCAUGUCGAGCACAAAAGUUGAAGCCAAUGUGGACUCCUUGUCAAGCUCAAAAUCUGAAGCCAAUGUGGACCUGCAGGAUGUGUUGGCUGCUGCUCAUGCUGCCGCAGAAACUGCUGAACGUGCUGCAGCUGCAGCUCGCUCAGCAGCUAGUCUUGCUCAAGUCCGGAUUAGUGAGCUUACCAGGAAAAACAGUGAACAGUCACCUGAUAGCAGCUCUGUGAACCCAUUUUAUGCAGGUGGGGACAAUCAAUCUGUUACAGAAAGGGGACAUCUAGCUAAGCAUAAUUCUGGAGGUACCUCCGAUGGCAGUGGCGGAAAUACUCCUGAACUUAAUCAGGAUCACUUUGCUUCACCAGACUCUCAUUCUCGUUCACCAAGUUUUCCUUCAUUCGAUACACUCAAAGCAGAUUUUGAUACUUCUUUACCAAAAAAUCAUAUAGUGGGAGAGAAAUUCUCUGCUCACCAGCCUAAUAGAUUGCCUUCAUUAGAUGAUGAUCCAUAUUUUUCAUACCCCAACUUAUUUUCCCGGCAAAGCUCAAAUGCAGGAUCACAGAAUCAUCAUUCAGAUAAUAGCCGUUCCACUCAUGAUAUGUGACAGGGAAUGAGGGAAUUGUCAUUCAACCACUCAUUUGACUCUGGAAGUCUUGCUCCCGAGUGUUGUUUACAUUUUAUGCCAGAUGUAAAGUCUACAUUAUUUUUGUUUUAAUUUUGAAGAGUACGGAAGUCCCUACUUUGUUGUCUA